AUGAAUCCUCUAGCAUUAAUAAUAUUAAGUGCCGCACUUCUAUGCGACGCGAAACUGCCGAGACACAGGCAGUUUCAGCCGAACGAUCUGUCGAAUCCAGCGCAAAACCAAACGCUUAGAAUACAGACAGAGAAAAAGAACGAGAGAACGACACGAAUCGUAAACGAAUAUAGAACAAGGCACAGAAGGGAAUCGUUCGAUUCGAGAUCGUAUGAGUCCAGUUUGACCUGGGCCCAUUCAGAACGAUUGGAUGAGAAUGGAGACGUUUUACUGCGGUGGGUCAACACGGAUUCGAGUAUAACCUUCAGGCUGGAAGCGAAGACUCGUGGUUAUGUCGGCUUGGGGUUUAAUUCCGGAAGGAAUAUGAGGGGAGCUGAUCUGGUCGUCGCUUGGGUGGAUGACAGACAUGGAAAUGCACAACUGUUGGAUUGCCAUGGUCUAACCUUCGAAGACAGAGCGGUGGCUGAUGAAGUCCAAAACUACGAGCUGAUUUCUGGGUAUCAGAACGACACCCACACGACUCUAGAAUUUAGGAGGCAACUUGAUACGUGUGAUAAGCAAGACUUCGUUAUUGGUGACGACACGACGCAGAUCCUCUGGGCUCUAGGUCCAGAAGGUUCCGAUGGAGACCUGCCGAGGCAUGUCAACAGUGGAACGAGACCCUUGAGGCUUUUGCAGCCCCUGUCGAAACCGGAGACCGUCCCUCUCAAACAUUGGGAUGUGCGGAUCGCUAAUCUUACCAUUCCUCAUGUAAUGGCAACACUGUUCUGGUGCAAAGUGUUCAAGGCUCCAGAGCUCCUGAAGAAGCAUCACAUAGUUGGCUACCAGCCUCUGAUAGACAGCCGGCCUAUCCGCAACAAAAAACCAGUGUUAGAGAAGGAUAGCCUUUCCCCAGUACACCAUAUGGUUUUGUACGAGUGUGCUGGCGACCACGAUAAGAGGAUGUGGUCGGAAUGGGCGGAAGGGGAAGGCUUCUUCGGGCCAAGUCGUCCGGGGGAAUUGGCCACGUGUGUCACUCCAAUCGCUGCUUGGGCCAUGGGGUCUAAAGGCGAAUUCUUGCCGGAGAACGUUGGAAUCCCUCUCGGCGAGCGAGGAGGUGUCUCCUACUACAUGUUGGAGGUUCAUUAUGAUAACCAGGAGUUACAUGAGGUUCUUGAUAAUUCCGGAAUAAGGAUUCACUACACGCCUCAACUAAGGGCGCACGACGCUGCACUUUUGGGUUCCGGAGUCGGUGUUUCCGCCCUUCAUGUCAUCCCGCCCAAACAACGCGCUUACCGAACGGUCGGCAUAUGUAGCCCCGAAUGUACUAACAAUACCAUGCCAGAAGAAGGGAUAAACAUCGUUUCGGUUUUACUGCACGCCCAUGGCACAGCCAGAAAAAUUACUUUAAAACAUAUAAGAGGAAAUGAAGAACUCCCCAAAAUCUCGGAGGAAAAUGUAUACGACGCCCGCUACCAACAGUCCCGGAUAGUUCCUGGUGGCAGAAAAUUCCACCGGCGGGAUACCUUGAUAACAGAAUGUACUUAUGACAGUACCAUGCGAUAUAAACCAAUUUUAGGAGGAUAUUCCGCGACACAGGAAAUGUGUCUAUCCUUCAUCCUCUACUACCCUCGGACAGAGCUCGCCGGAUGCUACUCGAUGACACCUGUCGUGGAAUUCUUUGAAACCUUCGGCGUCAAGGAGUUUUAUGGUCUUAGCAUGAUGCAGGUGGAGAAAAUCUUCUUGUCAUCAGGGAAUCUGGAAGGUUUGCCUCAAGAAAUCGAAUCCGAUCUAUCUGCUAUGCAGGGAGACGACCAAGGAGUGGGAUUAAUGAAGGGUCUAGUUAUCAAAGAGCCUCCAGAAUUCCGAAACAAGACAUUCAUGGCCCAUCUGAACGAAAUGCCCUGGUCGGAACCUCUGCUCACGGAACAGAUCGAGAAGACGCUGUACAUGGGCUGGCACAUGACCUUCUGUAAAAAGAGGGACGACUCUUGGGGAGCGCCCAUCCAAAUACAGAACUAUCCCAACUACACAAAACUAUCGCAUAACGAUGCAGCGGACAACUCUUGUCAUUACAAGAGUAUGCGACUACCCUCAGUCACGACGACAACUGGAUCCGCGUCUAUGCAAAGUUUAUCAAUAGUAUUAAUCAUAUCCUGUUUGAAUUUCGUCCUCCGGUAA